AUGAUUGAUGCAUUCUGCAAGAUCCGUGCAUAUUCAACUAUCGCCAUGGUAUAUUUUUCAUUUUUGUUGACGCUGAAUCGCUUCAUAGUCAUAAUUUUACCAAAGUACAAUGUACUUUUCCAGUCAAUAAAGCUGUAUGUAUUACUUCUUCUCAUGUGGUUGAUAUCUUUUGAAACAUUUGCGAUAAAAACGGGACCUAAAACAUAUACUUUGAGAACUGCGAAAUACGAACGAUCAAUGCUAAUUCAAGCAGGAUUAACUUCUGGCGGAUUAAUACUUGGAAUUCUGAUAUUCAACCUCUUGCCAUUGACAAAAAUUUUCGAUCAAAAAGGCUUAGCUGCAAUGAACAUUUUCCAUUGCUUCUAUAUCAUCUCUUAUCGUUGUGCAUUGCCAACAGUAUUUUUCUUAACCAACGAACGUGCUCGUAAAUAUCUACGUGUACUUUUGAAUACUAAUGUAGUAAAAUCUAUCCAAAUUCUUACCAAACAAGUUACCAGGUAA